AUGCGAGACUUUGGUGGCAUUGCGACAGCGCAGCUUGCCGUCGCUGCCUCCCUAUAUGACUCCGACAUUUUGAUGGCUGCAGUGCUAGGCCUAAAGGCCAAGAAUUCCGUGGGGAUCAUCACUCCUGUGGUGCCUGAUGAGUACGUUCUCUUGGCCCGUUGCAUUGUGGUCUUCCACGGCAUGCUCGUGGAUGUGGUCAAGGAUAACUUUGUUCGUUUCCUUGUUACUGGCCAACAGGAUUACAUACAGUGGUUGGUGCGUGGUGGUGGGGCACGUUUCUUCAACUCCUGGCGCAAGCCUGCCGAGGACUACAUUCGGGACCAGCAAAAUACGUGCGACAGUAAGGGCUGGCAGAAGCUGGACGUCUCAGGCAGUAUAUGA